AUGCAGCUGUCCAAACUCCUCCUCUCAACACUCCUCCUGUACACAACCACAUCUUUCGCCGAGAAAGCGUCCUCCUCGCCCUCCUCAACAACAACAACUCUCUCCCACCCCACCGACUCAUCAAACGACACCUCAUCCAUCCCCAACCAUAAUGGAACAGAAGAAGAGGAAGAACCAAACCCCCACCAACUCUCCCUCGACGCCAUAUCGCACGAAUGGACCCAAAUCUGUUCCUUGGGGUGCCAACCGGGCACAUUCCCCAGCGACACGUACCAUCUCACACACUAUCUGCUGCCGCACCUAAUCAAUAUCCAAUACAAACCCAGCUGCAACGCCAAAUCUGCCCAUCUCAAAUACUUCAAGGAGAUCGCUGAGUGUUCAGGACGGCACGAUUUAUGUGCUGAGAAACUAGAUAAAGGCACGAUGAAGUGUCGUGACAAAGCGCUGAGGAAGGUUACGACAGACCUCAAACAUUUGGGGGAGGGGGGCAUGGAUUGUGAGAGGGAGGAGGAUUGGCAGGGGGAGUUUUAUGGGAGUGUUUUGGAGGGGAUGAGGUGGUUUAGGAGAGAGGUUUGUGCGCCGAGAGAGUUGAUGAAAAAGGGAGGAGGGGAGAUGAGGGAUUGUAGGUUGAUGGGAACUUGUAUGUCGCCGGCUGAUGAGCUGUAA